UACUUCUUUGAUGAUGUGACAAUUGAUUUGUUCAGAUCCGAGCGAAUCAUCGGUCCAAUUCAUAACAGUGGUUUAGCUGAGAUUUUGGCAGCUCAGAUGGCUUUGCGAUCACUGAGAAAAUGGAAAGGCUAUAAAAAUGAACCAGUCAUACUGCGCACAGACUUUUUGCCAUUGGUACGAGCCUAUGAGUGGUGGCACAAAUUCGCUGAAGAAAUGGAAACAGUGCGGAGCUUAGCGAUGGAAUAUCCAAACGGCGUGCAGUUUGAACAUGUCUACGCUCACGAUGGUGAUCCCGGCAAUGAGCAGAUGCGAGACGAGCGCGAUCCGCAAGUGCCCCACGAUAUGGUCGAUGGGGCAGGAACAACUGGGAACGAAGGAGUCGGUCAAGAAGUAGCGAACGACGACCCCGAUCAAGAGAGCGCAAGAGCAACUGGAAUCGAUAUCGCUCCAAAUCCCGUAACAACGAUCGCCAACACGUACGAAGUCAUAGCGCAUUCGUUGCGGGCAGACGGCACUGAAUGA